AGACAAGGACCUAGGUAGCGUCCUUGGUGAAAUCUCGUGAUACUUGUGCCCGUCGCCGCGGUCGGUGUCAACAUGAGCGUGCACAGGGAGAUUCUGGACGACACUAACUGUUUCCGCAAGACCUGGCUUGCGGGGCGCCUCGGGGCCCUUACCGGCCUCAUUGGUUCAACUUACCAUGUAAUUCUGUACUCGCCAGACACAUACCUAGAAGGACUUAUGAGAGUGGCCAAAUCCACUGUCACAAUGGCCACCCUAGGGGCAGUUUUUGGGGCAACAUCUUGCAUCAGUGGUGAGCUUCGAGGUGCCCCAGAAGACCCAAUGAACUACUUUAUUGGAGGAUGUGCAUCGGGGAUAAUGAUAGGAGCCAGACAAAAGAAUUUUCUUAUCGGCACUUCAUCUUGCCUUGGCCUCGGUAUGUUGGGAGCUUUUGCCAAAGUUGUCAGACGGGAAGGCUGGAAUUUUUAUAUAUAUCCUGAAAAAUAACAUGGACUUCCUAAUUGUAAAAGCAGAUGUCCUUCUCUGUCUUCUUUUAUCAUAUAUAAAAGCAUUGUCAUUAAGUACAGUUGCUAGUCACCGAUUGAAGCUCAUGGGGCUUCCAAAUGAUAUAUAAAUAUUUAGUAAUAAUUGAAGGAUAUUGACAUAACUUGUACAUAUAAUGAAGUGGUGAAUUGUCUGUUCUGAGAGGAACUUAUAUCCAAAUAAAUAAUUGUGUUUGGAUA